GAGGGCGCGGGAGCCGAGCGCGCUGCGGCCACGCUCCCCGCGCAGAGGCGAGAGGGAGGGGCCGGAGGGGGCCCGGCAGCACCAGAGGCAGCGCGCGGGGCUCGCGGCGGCUCAGUCUCCUCCCGAGCCCAGCCCCGGACGGCGAGAGCGGCGGCGAGCGCGAGCCGCAGCCCGGGCCUCGGAGCGAGGAGGCGGAGGGCCGGAGGAGGCGGAGGACCGGAGCGGCGGGCCGCGCUCGGGUCCCCGCCGUGUGCGCGUCUUCCUGGCGGAUCCUGCAUAAAUGUUGAAAAUAUUUCCUGUGAAGCCUAAGAAUUCCUGAUUGUGGAAGCGCCUCACAAGCACUGUUACCUGUAAAGAAAAGAAAAGUAUGAAAGAACCAUCUGGUUGAGUCUACAAAUUUAGAACCAUCACAUCCACCAGAAGACCCAGGAUGGAUCUGCACCAAAGCGCCACCAUCUCUUUCCUUGAGAAAUGGUAUUCAGAUAAGUCACCGUCUGGCUGCAGGAGACAUUAUAAUGUCAGGAAAAAACUGAAGUUGAUUCGAAUCCUAGGCCUUUUCCUGGGCCUGGUAGCCAUUAGCACUGUCCCGUUUUCAAUCCGUGCCUUUUCUGAGACAGAGACCCAGAGCACAGGAGAGGUCGGUGGUGCAAGUGGCCCCGGGGCAGCACACGGUUACCACGAAAGAACUCUCUUAGAUUUAAAUGACAGGAUUCGAGAUUACACUCCACAGCCAGCUCUUUCUCAGGAAGGCAUGUCUGAGAAUAGUACAGAUCAUGCCCAGGGAGACUACCCCAGAGACAUCUUUUCCCUCGAGCAACGAAGAAAAGGCGCCAUCAUCCUCCAUGUCAUUGGGAUGAUCUACAUGUUCAUAGCCUUAGCCAUUGUCUGUGAUGAGUUCUUUGUUCCCUCACUGACUGUCAUCACCGAAAAACUGGGCAUCUCUGAUGAUGUGGCUGGAGCCACCUUUAUGGCUGCCGGGGGCUCAGCGCCAGAACUUUUCACGUCUCUCAUAGGGGUGUUUAUUGCUCACAGCAAUGUUGGCAUUGGCACAAUCGUGGGCUCAGCCGUGUUCAAUAUCCUCUUUGUCAUUGGCAUGUGUGCUCUGUUUUCCAGAGAAAUCUUAAACCUGACUUGGUGGCCGCUCUUUCGGGAUGUGUCCUUCUACAUCAUUGACUUAAUCAUGCUGAUCAUAUUUUUCCUGGAUAACUUUAUCAUGUGGUGGGAGAGCUUGCUUCUCUUGACAGCUUACUUUGGCUAUGUGGUUUUCAUGAAAUUCAACGUCCAAGUAGAAAGAUGGGUGAAGCAAAUGAUAAAUCGCAACAAAGUCGUCAAGGUGACAGCGCCAGAGGCCCAACCAAAGUCCUCUACAGCCAGGGACAAGGAUGAACAGACUCUACCGGUGAAGCCGCGUCUGCAGCGGGGCGGAAGUUCCGCCUCCCUCCACAACAGUCUCAUGAGGAACAGCAUCUUUCAGCUCAUGAUACACACCCUUGACCCACUGGCUGAAGAACUUGGAUCAUAUGGAAAGCUAAAAUAUUAUGACACAAUGACUGAAGAAGGGAGGUUCAGAGAAAAGGCUUCAAUUCUCCACAAGAUUGCCAAGAAGAAAUGUCAGGUGGAUGAGAACGAGAGGCAGAACGGGGCUGCCAAUCACGUGGAAAAAAUCGAGCUCCCAAACAGCACCAGCACAGAAGUGGAGAUGACACCCUCCAGUGAUGCUUCGGAACCAGUACAAAAUGGAAAUCUCUCCCACAGCAUCGAAGCUGCAGAAGCCCAGACCACAGAGACGGGUGAAGAUGAAGAGGACCAGCCUCUCAGCCUGGCCUGGCCUUCUGAUCCACGCAAACAAGUCACAUUCCUAAUUGUUCUCCCCAUAGUAUUUCCUCUCUGGAUUACCUUACCUGAUGUUCGAAAACCUUCAUCAAGGAAGUUUUUUCCCAUCACGUUUUUCGGCUCCAUCUCCUGGAUCGCAGUCUUCUCUUACUUGAUGGUCUGGUGGGCACAUCAGGUUGGAGAGACAAUUGGCAUUAGUGAAGAGAUCAUGGGUCUGACCAUCUUGGCCGCUGGGACUUCAAUCCCUGACCUGAUCACCAGUGUCAUAGUGGCCCGGAAGGGACUUGGGGACAUGGCCGUGUCCAGCUCUGUUGGAAGCAACAUUUUUGACAUCACCGUAGGGCUCCCACUGCCUUGGCUCCUCUUCACGGUCAUUCACAGGUUCCAGCCCGUGGCCGUCAGCAGCAAUGGGCUCUUCUGCGCCAUCGUCCUCCUCUUCAUCAUGCUGCUGUUCGUCAUCCUCUCCAUCGCCCUCUGCAAAUGGCGGAUGAACAAAGUGCUGGGCUUCAUCAUGUUCGGUCUCUACUUUGUGUUCCUGGUGGUCAGCGUCCUCCUGGAAGAUAGAAUCCUCGUGUGCCCUGUCUCCAUCUAGCGGGAAAAGCCAUAUCUUGAGCCAACAGCAUGGACGGUCCCUCCCCGCUCUGGGUUGUAGGCUCCAUGACCUCCGGAGAAGAGGCAGCAGGCCCACAGCCCAGGGCUUUCUGAGCGAACCUCCUUGGCGGAUUUGACGAGGGAUGGAUUCACGCAGGGCCGGCUCGUUUCAUGGGGCUGCUCCCACCUUGCCUCCUGCAGCAGCUCCAUGCAAGUGACAAACAGGUCCCCGCGUUUGGGGCUUCUCAGCCUGCAUCGCUGACAGGUACUCCUUGCUGGUCAGAGGUAUAUUCGUCAUAAUGAUACAAUGACAAAGGUGAUAUACAUACAUAUAAAAUAUACAUAUUAUAUAUAGAUGCACCUGAAUACACCCCCGCCUGUUCCUGUAAUGAUACCUCUCCUUCCACACCUAGAGAGUAGUCUAUACCUGUAUACAGACACAAAAAAAACUUAUAUAUAUAUAUAUAUAUAUAUAUAUAUGAAGUCAUAUAUAUAUAUAUAUAUAUAAAUACAACUGCAUCUUUUCAGGGACAGCUCUAGUAUAUUUCUAGUACCUAUUUGAAGAGGGGCAUCAACCUUCAGUCUGAGCUUUACCUCUUAAGUGCAAGAGGUGAGCUAAGAGAAUCAUUGCUGUGAACUUCAACCUACCUUGGACAUAUUGGGAUUCUGCCUGGUAUGAUGGCUGUUUAAGGAAAAUAUGUUGCAGGAGGUAGGGCUGGGUGGAAAGGGUCCAUAGGGAACCUGAUACGAGCCCUCCAAAACAUUCCCACAAGCCAAACUGGGAAGACCAUCUGCCCAGUCUAACUGGGGUACACUAUCUGAAACCCACAGGGUUAUUGGGACAUCUGGAGGUAAAACCCAGGUUGGGCAGAUACUGGUUUGGGACAAGGGGGAGGUGACCAGGGUUGGGUUUGGGAAAGGUGUUUGUUUGUUUUUUUAUAUAGUGCCCCAGCAUGCAAGUAGAAAAUAUGAUUGCAAACCAAAUUAGUGCUCUUCUAGGACAGCAAAACUAUAUAAACUGAACCUAUAUUGUUCCAAUGCAUGUCCCAUUAUCAUCCAAAGAAGGGGGCAAAUUUAGCUGUAAUUGUCAUUCAGACGUAUCUUGAUGCUAAGGUGCUUGAUGUAUAAUCAAAAUGCCUGCCAAGAAAGCCUGGAUAUGCACUAAGAAAUACCAUCCAGUAGAGGUGCUCAGUGGAACUUGCUCCCUUAUGGUGUGGUUCUUUAAAGCAUCUUCCAGUGUGGUCAUCAAGGGCUUCAGUGGCUGAAGAAAGACAUCAGUCUUCCUCCAACCAGUAGAACUAGAUUGACACUGAUCAAUACUGCAUGGAUUGAGGCAGCUUAGAGAUGUUUGGAAAGGUGUUUGUUCACCAGGAAAUUUCCUGGGUCCUCUGUCUAGUAGUUCCAGGACCAGGAUUUGGUCUUUCCUGCCGUGAGGGUCCCAUCAGGGAGUCUUUCCAGCUCACAGAGUACACUGAAAACUAUGCUCAACAGCUUCUUUACACUGGCUUCAAGCCAGUCACUCUGAGGUUCUGAUUUCCAGAGCAUUCAUGGGACAUUUUCAUGUCAUUCAUUCAGUGCUCACAAGUUCUGUUUGACACUUUAUAUGAUUUCUCAGGUCUGUGGCAAUAAAACCAACAAAGGUGAGGCAGACUAUAUUAGUGAAAAAUACGCAGCUUUUCAUUUCCCCAAACCUUGCAUCCUUAUAAUCAUUUGAAAGUAAAUAGAAGACGCCCCUUAUUGUGUGGCCCUCCUACAUCUAAGUGGGCACACACCACGUCUGAGGACUACUCCAUGUGAUUUCCUCUCCCCCGCCGCUAAGAUUUUGCUUUGAGCGCAUCCCUCCUAACACAGGGAGACCGGAUGCAGUGCUCCCAACUGAGUAAAGAUCAAGAUCAAACACAGCAUUCCUUCCACAAAACCUCAGCUCACUCCACACGGCACAGCAGUCACGGGCAGUGCCCACUGUUGCUCUUCCAAGCGGAGGCCCGAUGGGAAAGCAAGAAGCCAAGAUGGCGGCAGCCAAGACGGUGGCCCAAGAGGCCAGCUUCCCAGUCACUCCAGCUUUGCAAAGUUGAGUGUUCAGUUGUGAGAGAGAGAUCCAGGUCUCCUGCUUCAAGGGCAGGAUUUUGUGUUGAGACAGGAAUUCCUGCUGAUUCCUUUGAAAGAGAAGGAACCAGUGAACAUUGAGUUGAUGGCUUUCCCUGUGCAUUACUUGAAGGGGAGCAGAGUUGUUUGUUAUGUGAAUGUAUAUUAUUGACUGGUUUGUUGUGUGAAAGAAGGAUUGAAUAGGUGACUUUGACUCAGCAGCAGAUAGACUAUGUAAAUCCAGAAAGGAUGAGGGGUGUUGAAUACAACCCUGUUCUUCUGGCUCUUCCCUGCCUCCUGUCUCUUCUCCUGUUCAUUAUCAGCUCACGGUGAAGACUCGUACAAGCAGCCUGAGAGCGUUGGCUCACCUGGGAGCUCCCUUCUGAGGGAGUGUUCUCAAUCAUGAAAAUUAAUUGCAUUUGAGAAGAUGCUAUUUCCAAGCCCACUUCCCACCUCAAGGGUGUAGAGUGUCCGCUCGUUCAAGGGUGUAGAGUGUCCGCUCUUUCAAGGGUGUAUGCAGGUUUCUCUCCUCCAUAAUGUGUCUGUGCGGUUAUGUGCUGGGCUUGGCUAAACCCAGAGAGAAGACUAUAGGUGCAACAGUGGAUCUUUAAAGACAUUUGAAUCGUUACCGUAAUUAUAAGAAAGAACUUUCCACAACAUGGUUUUCUGAGUAGCUCAUCCCUAGUGCCUGUGUAAAUACAUACAUAUCUUCAUACCAAAUCUAUCUAUACACUAUAUAUCACUUACAUCAUCACCCUCUGACCCAAUUAUAUUCAGAAUUCAAAAGCAGGGAGCAUCAAAGUUUGUCUUCGUGAAGGAAAAGGGAAAAUAUGCACACCAGUGACCAAAGGGAACAUUUUCCUCCUGCUCACAUGAGGUUUGUGUCCACAAUGCCAUCCAAACAUCCACAUAGGCACUUUCUUGUAUAUUUUCUUGCCCCAAGAAUAUAGAUUUACAGCCUUAUAGAAGUCGCCAGUCAUAUCCCUAAUGUGGAUGUAGAGGAAAAGAAUACACAAUGGAAAAGUACAGGGGAAAAAACUGAGGCUACCAGUACCCUCUUUGCUUUUCUGGAGCAGGGUAUAAAAUAUCAAAAAUUCAAGAGCCCACUUCUUACUGUUUGAUCUAAAAUAAACAAGCUGUCCCCAAGUGGUUCCUUUUACCUGCAGUGAACCAAGCAAGUCUUGCUUGCUGUCACCUCCCCUGACACCCUAGGCAGGCUCAGGACAAGAGAACGACUUGACUUGCGCUGAGAAUACUCAAAUAGAACCUUCUCAGUUGCAUCUUGGAAUGCCCAUGCUGAGUCCAGCUGCCUUCUGAACCUGACUAGACCCUAAAGAACUGAGGCUGGAGAUGAGAUGAUCUGCAGGCAGCUUCCCAAACCUAAGCUGAGCCAGGCAGGGCAGAUCAAGAAAACACAGCCAUGCAGAUACUAGGGCAGAGGGUUGUUAUCAGUUUGGCCGAUGCAGCAGAAUUUCCUAAAGCCUUGCCCAGAAGAUUAUAAAAAGAGGCAGGGAACUGUUUCAUAUUUGGCGAAAAUGCUUUGUAAGGCUUCUAACAGGUGUCAGCUGACAGGGGCCAUUAUAAUUUAUUUUCUAGGGAAGACAUGAAUCAGGUGUUUGGAGGCCUUUGGGCUAAACACAGCUGCCUUGCCAAUGAGACAUUUGAUAAUAUUAAUGUACAUCCCUUCUGGGUAGGGAGAUCUGGCCUGCUCCCCACCAUUGCUCACAGCUCUUAGACUCCUCUGUGACUGGAAUGAGCUGUCAAGGGGAGCCCUGCCACCCCCAGACCACCUUAACAGAAAGCUGGCCAGGGAUGUGACAACAGUUAAACCUGCUGGCCAGAAAGACAGCCGGAAAAGAGGGAACUAAUGUUAACCACUCUGCUGAAAUCGCUGGUUGUCAUAUCUGACAUGGGUCUAAUGCCCAUCUGAAUCCAAGCAUUUCAGAAAACUUCAAUCUGCUUUCUUCCCUACAUCUACCAACAUACACACACACACACACACACACACACACACACAAUUAAAAGCAUGCCAUGCUCCCUACACCUGGACAGACUGUUACUCCAAUAAUUAAGUGGCUAUAAGUAGCAGCUCCGUUCUAGAAGCAAUAAAGGGAACCUGUUCUCAUGGUGAUUUCUGGAAAAAUCAACUGUCUCCUGAAAACUUGUUUCAGAAGCUAAUGCCCAAACUUGCUAAGCCAGAUCUUACAUAACCACAUGGCUUAAUAUUUUCAAAAGACACAUCCUCAACCCCUGUGCCUCCCUCAGCAAGACUGUCUUCAAUUAGUAGGUAAGGACUGGUCAUGAAGAGAAAGUUAGUGAAAAAUAAUAAGGAAAAGGAAGAAAUGGGGAAUUAAUUUACUUUUAUUAGGAUCCCCAAGAAAGCCAGUGUCCUGUUGAUAUAUAUAUAUACCCAUAUAGAUAGAUGAUAGAUAGAUAGUGUUAAAUAAUUACAAAUUUCGGGCUUUUUUCCCCAAUGAAAGAAGUUUACAUAGAGUCCCAGAAAAAAAAAAAAAAAGUUUCUCUCUCAAGAAGGCCUUGGGAAGAAAGGUAAGGGCCUCUACUCUACUGCUCCUUGCCUUUGUAGCUUUGUGUUUAGUUUUUUAAUGCCACAGCUUCCUAUUCUUUGAAGUACCUUGCUGACAAGAAAAGCAAGCAAGACAUACUCAAAGCCAGCUGAACUCCUUACUUAUCAGGAGACCAUCAUGCUUUUUUUUCCCCCCACUUCACGGGGAGCUUUAAAAUGGCACUGACUUUGGCCAGAUAUCGCCGUGAGCAUUUAGAUGAAUGUAGAAAACACAAGUGCACUCUGUUUGUUAAGGAAGUAGUCCACACUUUCCACCUUGAUGCCCGUAAACAGUGUGCUCACUACCACGCUCCCUAUUCCUCCUGCCCAGGGCAUCGGCCUUGCCCAGCACCCCCUGGUUUCCAUCAUGGUCUUUGGUGGCACUUUUCUUUAAACAAAGUGAGAAUAGGCUACAAAGGACCCAGAAAUCCCCUAGUCAGCCAGUUUUUUAGAGAAAAAUCAGUAACUGUGACUGGAUAGACAACUCUAUUCAAAUCAGUGAACAAAUAGUGAGAGGCGCUAUGGGACACCAAAUUAAGCCGAAGCCCUUCUGCUAAAUGAUUGAUUGACAGACUGAAAAACCUUAAAGAAUUUUUUUAAAGCAGGUAAAAGACCUUGGUCUGAAAGACUUUCAUGGAAUUUACCUUGAGUUUGCCACAGGUUUAAUUCUGUCAAGAGAGCUUGUUCAACCUAUCACCCUGAUCCAAACGACAGCCCUUUUGUAGGAGAGGGAUCCUUAGCACCGAUGUUCCUGGUAUAACCCAGAUCCAUCAACUGUUAACAUUGACAACCAUCAUGUCAGAGAAGUCUUUCUCCAGGUUCACCCCCAACCCUCCAGGGAAAUGAAUUUACCUUUUUUUUUUUUCUUUUUUUUGUCUGUUCAGCAGAAAAGAGCUGCACCUGGGCACUGUUCACUAUUUACCCCUACAGAGCUGGGAGUCUCCACUAUGGGACCCUUUCUCUAUUUUCAUCCAAUGUAUCUUUAGAUUUUUAUUUCUGAGUCUUUUUUUCCUAACCCUCAAUAAUUUUUAAAUUUUUCUCUACUAAGCCUUUAAGAUGCUUGAUGUUGCUCUGAAAUCAGGAACCUUUUGACUAAUCAUGACACAAGUGUAAGGUAUGAAAAAGAUGGAAGGACAGCCUCAGACCCAGUGUUUGCCCCUGUUUCAGGACCUCUCUGUGGCCCGUACCUUUUAGAAAUCCACACUUCGUUGCUAAUUCACACUAAUCUCGUGUUCCCUGACUUCGGUAUCUUUCUGCAGGGCAUUCGGGUAAAGCAAGCGUGUUUCUCAGCUUGCCCCGGUGCAUUUGGUUGAGUGGUCUUACCUCCAGUGGAGCCCCUCUUCCUUGGGCCUUACUAAGCCUCAAUCCAUUUCUUUCUAACCCCACUUCCAGUUUUCAAGUCUAGGUUGGGCCCAGUGCUUACUCCCCUUCUGGGUUCUCACCACCAGCCUCCCCGCUUCACUUGUACCUGGCAAGUCUAAUGAGCCUUUCCUUCAUCUUUGCAUUAAGGUGAAGAUAGAAAAAUGCUAGCCCUGGGUCCCCAGCAUCUUAUGUUUUUUAUAAUCGACUAUUUCUUCAGGGCAGGGAAUUCCUCUUCAUUGAUACUAAAAUGUGUACAGAAUUCGCCACCAUAAGAGACUAGAAUCUCAACUACACCUUAAGAGCACCAGUGGGCCUCGACUCAACACGUACUAAUAGGCAUUUGUCCUCUGAUGAAAAGUUGAGGUUCUGGUGAGGUCAAAUUCAUACACUUCAUCUUUAAGGUCACAAUCCUCCACUCAAUAAGAACUCAGAAUGGGGGAGACAGCACUGGAGAUCAUUCAGAAACUCCGGACCUGCACUUACCUGCAUUGAUUUACCAAAAGGAAUUUGCAUUUUUGCUCUCAAUAGGAAGUGGGGGAAAUGAUUGGACUAUCUCUCAUAUCCCAGUCUCGCAGCACAUUUAGUUCCUUGUGUGGUGGGCUGGAUGGGAAUUGUAAGAUUGUUGACUGGUGUCCUGGCCCAGGAAAAUGGGCUACAGUUCACCAAAAGGCUGGGAACUUGCUCUUGCAUUCUCACUUAGGUUGCACAUUCCUUUAUAUGGAUCUGAAAGUAACUAAGACCUUGGGACUGAUAGUUCUCAAAAAACACUCAACUAAGCAAAAGAGAAUACUAAUUUUUUAAAUCAUGUCAUCACAAAAGAAAAAGAAUGGAUGCAUGAAUGAAGCCUGAAUCCCUGAAUAAAAUAAUUUUAAGGAUGAAAUUACAUGCAUGAAGUAAGAGUAGAAAAUUCUUUGCCAUUUAAUGAAACAAAUCUCUAAUUCUUCUCAUCAGGAUAAAACUGAAGGACAAUGGAUGCCUUUUGGGUUUUUAAUUUUUUAAUAUUGCACUUUAUAGUACUUCAUAAGAGACAAUUGUCUUAAUUAAAGCCAUAAAGUACCAAUAAUACAUAUAUUCAGGGCUUCUGAAUAUAGUCAAUCAAUAAGCAGUCCAUGAGUCAUUCCUGUUUUGUAUUGUUUGUUGUAAAUUGGAGUUUAUCUGUUCUCUUUUUAAGGCAUAUAAUUAUUGUUCUAGACAAUCCUAAUCUACUGAUAAAUUUUAGAUGUGUACUUUAAUAAAACUGAAAAUCAAAGAAAUUUUUCAUUUCACAAAAACAUUCUUCACUUUCGAAAUAGCUUGUUAAAUAGCAAGUUCUAAUACUACAGUGGAAAUAGUUCCUUUUUUAAGUUAUAGAUUUACUGUUUUUCAGGAAUCCAUUUGUUAUGUAAAACCAGGUUCACCCAUAAGAAGAGUGAAAUGGAUAAUUAGCAAAUAUAUACCUGGAAAAUUUAAGGUUUGAGUUCUUAUAUAAAUAUAGGAUGGGUCUAAGAAGUUCCCUUAUAAAAAUGGCAAAUAGAGAUAUACAAUUUAUCAAUAAUUUAUUCUGCCUAAAUUAUAAACCUUCCUCGGGAAAACAUGUAAAACAGAAGACUUCAUAAUGCAUUGGGUUUUUUCUUUUCUUUUCUGCUAAACUACAUAAUUCCUGGCCCAGUACGGUAGACUACUUACAUACGUAUACACACAGAUGUUCCCGCAACUGAAAACUUUAAUGUUACACUUCAUCAGAAUUUUUUAUAUAAUUUGAGUAAAAGCUAAAAAGAAUGGCUAAAAGACACUUAAAAGCCUAGAAAUAUCCACCACCUGGGUACCUAAAUUAUCCAUACAGAGUAAAUAAGUGUGUUAAAUUGACCAACCCCAUGAACUUUAUGUUUAAUUGGCCAUUUGCCCUAAAGAAAGAUCAUCUGGACCUGGAGGCGAUGAUGCUUCUGUUGGGGGCUGUUUUGUGGUCUGAAGUGUUUCUCCAAAGUGCAAAGACUCUCCAUCUGGACGAGGGGACCUCUGCUGGCAUACAAUUCUGUUGAACCCUGCAGAGAGUUCAUAUGUGUGCCCUGCGUCUAGCCUGGACGUUUUUCUUCUGCUCCACUUUGAAAAAAAACUCCAGAAGCAACAGCUUCCAUCUCCAAGCAAUCUGCAGUCUCAAAAGAGCCAUCAAAGAGUAACCAAAGCUACCUUCCUGGUUUAAUGAAGUGGCUGCUAGCACUAAAGGAGAGGUAAAUUAUACUUUUGUUCUUUGCAUCAUGUUAAAACAGAGAACAGGUUAUCAACAUUGACCCCAAAAUAGGCAUUUGGCCUAGAACUUGCAAACUGUUUCUGGAACAGGUUAUAUUACAGAUAUCAGAAUGCCAUUUUUGUAAAGGGUCUUUUUAGGGAUAGAUGUCAUCUCACGUUUCCUCCGUUCACCUCCGUUUUAAAGAUGCAUUUACCCCACAAGAAUCCAGCUGAUGUACUUCCAAAUUACUUUUGUCAUUUUGUGUGUGUUUUGUUCAAUAUGAGCAAGCUUUUGCUGGCUGACAAGACGUAUGGAAAUUUUGCAUCAGUUUAUCCUCUGUGAAUAUGUCUGUACAUAGAUUGAAAGCUAUAUUUAUUUGUAAAUAGGCUGUUUGGAAUAAUAUGUUUCUGUCACAUGGACUUCACUCUGAAAAAGGGCGUUUCUUCACUGUGUUCAUGUUACACUUUCCACACCUUUGUGCUUCUACUACUGGUAAUCAACUCAUAGAAUAUCUCACUUUAUGUAACUAAGUCUCCCUGGUGUGAAAAGUAAUAGAAAUAAAACUAUUGACUCAAAA